AGCAAUAUCAAUUUCCGCGCAAGCAACGCGGUAUCGGCGAGGAUGUAGCCGUUGGAACUGAUAAUGGGGCACCAUCCGCUCCUUCAUGUCACACUCCCUCCCACAUUCCUCUGAUCAGCUCACAUCCAUGUUCACUCAAGAGAACGACGAAACGAUUUUGGACGUCUUCGGAGAACACGAAGAAGUCAUUUUGGACGACCUUUAUCCAAAUCGGGAGACUGGCAAGAGAAACUCGGAUGUGCUGGAGAGGCGCAGCUGGAGCAUGUCAUAUUUCAUGAUCACAAGUCCGGAACUCGCCCGCCGCUCGUGCGCGUCCACUCCCGUGUCUACGAACGGAAGCGAGCGGUUUUCCUCGAGCGCUGAAGAGGCCUGUGAUAAUGCCAAGUCUUUCCCCUUCAUUCCGAGCAGCGCGCCCCAAUUGACACUCCGCUCUCCAUUCCCGAUUUCGUCGAUCGGCAACUCGACAAUCUUUGCUGGGCGGCAGAAGGCAGAAGGCAAGGCCCCAGUCAGAGUGGCGCUCAAGCUGAUCCGUAUCAUAGAUGAACCCCACGACUCUGCCGCAUUGAGCAGUCUAUUUCAGAAGCUGCGUGCUGAAUCCCGGGUUUGGAGACGCCUCGACCACAAAAAUAUCCUCCCACUCUUGAACCUAUCCGAGGAGCUUGGCCCGAGCCCCAUCCUUGUCUACCCGUUCUGUCGAUUCGGGAGCAUCGGAAGAUAUCUAUCUGGAAGUCAAAACGUCGAUCGACUGAGCCUGAUCCGAGGGGUGGCGGCCGGCGUAAGUUACCUCCACUGUUCCGGAAUCGUACACGGUGAUCUGCGGCCGUCGAAUGUGCUUGUCGACAGCACAGGCAAACCACGCUUGUGUGACUUUGGAGUUGGCCGUUUGAUCUCUGAGGCGGGAUUCAUUCCGAGAAAGCGCACGAUCAACUAUACAGCACCCGAGCUCCUGGCGACGGAAACACCAGAAGGCGAGCCGGCUGUGCCUACGGACGCCUCUGACGUCUACUCCUUCGGUAUCCUUGGGCUAUUCAUUCAGUCCUCGCAGACACCACGCCGCAGAACAAAUAAAGUGGUUGUCGACCGUAAAGCGCUUGAAGAGCUUGCCCCUCAGAGGGAAGCAUACCAGAGUCUGGUUUGUGACGAGCUGUGGCGCGUUCUGGAGAUGUGCUGGACGUUUGACGCGCCGUUGCGGCCGAACAUGGACUUCGUCCAGGAAAAGAUCCGAUCGAUUCGUUAGAUUUGGAGAAACUGGCAGGGCAUCCACUCAAUAAAUACUUUGCUAGAAUACAUUCAAUACUGCAACGUUUUGUUUAAUAUGCCGAGGGUAUCAUCGAUCCUCUGCUUUCAA